CUUUACCUAUUUUCCUACAACCACUAGUUACAGUUUCUCUUUUUUGCUCAUUUGCAUCAUCCCCAUGUCCCCUCUCCAUGUUUUUCUAAAUCUCUCCAUCUAACAUACCUAUAACACCCUUAUUCUUUCUCUAUUCUACCUGAUUUGAUUUGAUUUUGUAACUGAUGGGACGAUCACCUUGUUGUGAAAAGGCUCAUACCAACAAAGGUGCCUGGACCAAAGAGGAAGAUCAACGCCUCAUCAACUACAUCCGUGUCCAUGGUGAAGGCUGCUGGCGUUCCCUCCCCAAAGCUGCUGGGCUGCUUAGAUGUGGUAAGAGUUGCAGAUUAAGAUGGAUAAACUACUUGAGGCCUGAUCUUAAGAGAGGAAAUUUCACUGAGGAAGAAGAUGAGCUUAUCAUCAAGCUUCACAGUUUACUUGGAAACAAAUGGUCAUUGAUUGCUGGAAGAUUACCAGGAAGAACAGAUAAUGAGAUAAAGAACUACUGGAACACACACAUCAAAAGAAAGCUUAUAAGCAGAGGAAUUGAUCCACAAACUCAUCGUCCUCUCAAUCAAACCGCCAAUACCAACACGGUCACAGCCCCCACCGAAUUGGAUUUCAGAAACAUGCCUACAUCCGUUUCCAAAUCCAGUUCCAUCAAAAACCCAUCUCUGGAUUUCAAUUACAAUGAAUUUCAAUUCAAGUCCAACACAGAUUCCCUUGAAGAACCCAACUGUACAGCCAGCAGUGGAAUGACUACAGAUGAAGAACAACAAGAACAGCUGCACAAGCAGCAGCAAUACGAUCCAAGCAAUGGGCAAGACUUAAAUUUGGAGCUGUCGAUUGGGAUUGUUUCAGCUGACUCAUCUCGGGUAUCAAGUGCCAACUCGGCCGAGUCGAAACCAAAGGUAGAUAACAACAAUUUCCAGUUUCUUGAACAAGCUAUGGUGGCUAAGGCGGUAUGUUUGUGUUGGCAAUUAGGUUUUGGAACAAGUGAAAUUUGUAGGAACUGUCAAAAUUCAAAUUCAAAUGGCUUCUAUAGUUAUUGUAGACCCUUGGAUUCAUAGGGUCAUCUUUUUCUUCUUUCUUUCUGUUUUUAGGAGAUAAAUUAAUGCUUAAUUAUUAUCUUUUUGCCUGCCCACUGUAAUCAAAGCAAAAUUAUAAAACAAACUCUUUUUGAUUUGUUCAA